UCUUCUCUGAAAUGGUGAAUUAGAUAAAACAGAGAAAAGGAGAAAUCCUUUUUUUUCCCCAAAUGAAUCCUUCAGGAGGACGCUUCUCACUCCAAUCCCUCCUCAAAAGCGGCUUCUCUCCAACCCUAACCUCUAUCGAAACCUUCCUCCGACACCUCCACCGUCGCCACAAGUUCAACACCAUCCUCCACAUCUACUCCCAGCUCCACUCCAACAACCUCCCGAUCACCCACGCCAUCCACUCCCUCGUCUCAUCCGCACUCCUCAAUCUCAACACACACGAAGACGCCCACCAAUUCAUCUCUCAAUCAUCCCAAUUGUUUCCUUCCUCCCCCUCGACGCUCUCCUCGCUGAUUCACCGAUUCGUCUCCAGAGGAGAGAUGGAGAAAGCGGUGGAGGUUCUGGAGAUGAACGAGAGAGCGAGCAACUUCGUCUCUAGCGCUGUGGUUUCUCGGUUUUGCAAGAUCGGUAAACCGGACCUCGCGUUAGGGUUCUUCGAGACCGCUUUAAAUUCAGGAGCUUUAUCGUCGCCGAGCGUUGUGACUUACACCACGAUCGUCACCGCUCUUUGUCAGUUAGGUAAAGCUGACGAAGUCAGAGACUUGGUUAGUAGACUGGAGCAAGAAGACGAAGGGUUCGAGUUUGAUUGUGUUUUCUUUACCAACUGGAUUCAUAAAGGAGGUGCCUUGACGGACGCACUAAUGGUAGAUAGGAGAAUGGUGGAGAAGGGAAUAGAGCGAGAUGCUGUGAGCUAUACGAUACUGAUAGAUUGGUUUUCGAAGGAAGGGAGCUUCGAAAAGGCGUUUGGGUUGUUAGGGAAGAUGAUUAAAGAGGGGAUGGAACCGAGUUUGAUCACUUUCACUGCUAUUAUGAGAGGACUCUGCAGGAAGGGUAGACUUGAAGAGGCGUUUAAGUUGUUUGAUAGAGUUUUAAGUGUGGGAAUUGAUGUGGAUGAGUUUGUGUUUGUGACUUUGAUCGACGGAGUUUGUAGGAAAGGGGAUUUGAACCGAGCUUUCUCUUUGUUGGAAGAUAUGGAGCAGAGAGGGGUUAGACCGAGCGUCCUUACUUAUAAUACUGUGAUUAAUGGGUUGUGCAGGGCGGGGAGAGUGUCAGAGGCGGAUGAGAUUUCGAAAGGGGUUUUGGGAGAUGUAUUUACUUAUAGUACUUUGUUAGAUAGUUAUAUCAAGGAAGAGAAUGUUGUUGCUGUUUUGGAUGUUAGGCGUAGGUUCGUAGAAGCUAGGAUCCCUAUGGACUUGGUUAUGUGCAACAUUCUCCUCAAAGCGUUUCUGUUCGUUGGUGCGUAUGGAGAAGCUCACGUGCUUUACAGAGCGAUGCCGGAAAUGGAUCUGACUCCCGACGCAGUCACGUAUUCGACGAUGAUUGAAGGCUGCUGCAAAACGGGGGAGAUCGAAGAGGCGCUUGAGGUGUUUGAUGAGUUGAGGAGAAGCUCGGUUUCCUCCUCAGCUGUGUGUUAUAAUCGAAUCGUUGGUGCACUCUGCAAGAAAGGGAUGUUUGAAACCGCCACGGAAGUUCUUACGGAGAUGUGUGAUAAAGGUUUGUGUCUAGACGUCCAUACAUCUCGUACCUUGUUACAUUCUAUUCAUGCCAGCGGAGGCGAGAAAGGAAUACUCGGUUUGGUUUCUAGACUCGAGCAGUUGAGUUCGAACAUAUGUCUUACGAUGUUCAAUGAUGCUAUAUUGCUUUUAUGUGAGAGCGGUUCUUUGGACACUGCGAUUGAAGUUUAUAUGGUUAUGAGGAGGAAGGGUUUAGCUGUUACAUGUCUUUCUACGUUUCUAAAAGCACUGGUUGACAAUCUCAGAGCAUUGGAUGCUUAUUCACUUGUUGUAAACGCUGGUGAAGAUACGCUGCUUUCCAUGGAUGUUAUCGAUUACACAAUCAUCUUGGACGGUCUCUGCAAGGAAGGGUUUCUGAAAAAGGCAUUAGAUCUGUGCACAGUUGCUAAACAGAGAGGCAUCAUUCUCAAUAUCAUCACUUACAAUACACUCGUACAUGGACUUUGCCAGCAAGGUUGUCUUGUGGAAGCUCUUCGUCUAUUUGAUUCGCUUGAGAGAAUUGGUUUAGUCCCUUCUCAUGUCAGUUACGGAAUUUUGAUUGACAGUUUAUGCAAAGAGGGGUUGUUUCUUGACGCUGAGAAGUUUUUGGACACGAUGGUGUAUAAGGGACUUGUACCAAACAUUCUCAUUUACAAUUCCAUGAUUGACGGGUACUGCAAACUCGGGAGAACAGAGGAGGCCAUGAACGUUUUAUCUCGUAAGAUGAUGGGAAGGGUAACACCAGAUGCAUUCACAGUUAGUUCUUUGAUCAAAGGUUACAGUAAAAAAGGUGACAUGGAAGAAGCUCUCAGAGUGUUUGCUGAGUUCAAAGGUAAAAACAUCUCAGCCGAUUUCUUGGGGUUUCUGUAUCUGAUCAAAGGCUUAUGCACGAAAGGGAGAAUGGAAGAAGCGAGGAGCGUCCUGAGAGAAAUGCUUGUUUCAGAACCUUUUGUUGAGCUGAUUAACAGAGUUGAUGCAGAACUAGUUGAAUCUGAAUCAGUCAGAGGCUUCCUCGUGGAGCUGUGUGAGCAAGGAAGGGUCCCUCAGGCUGUUAAAAUCCUAGAUGAGAUAAGUUCAACGUUCUAUCUGUCUUCUGGUAAAAAAAACUCGGGUUCUUAUCAAAGGUUGCAGCUAUUGAAUGGUGUUGGUGAAAAAAAGGUGGAGGGAGAAGGCUGUGUUGAUGAUUUUCACAGCCUUCACUCAACCGUUAGCUCACUCUGCUCCAGUGGGAAGCUGAAGCAAGCUAAUGAGUUUGUUAUGUCUGUGCUCUCAUGUAUGCCUAAAUAGGCCAAAUCGAAACUCAUCUGAGCAGCUGGUUGGAUUACCUACAGUCUGUUAACAUCUUUUCUGUAAGAUAAGACUGGAACCUCUAGAGAGAAUUAUAUAUGCAUCAUCAGAGAGGCACAACAAUAGGAGCUUGAGGAACUCUAGGCUGUAGUGGAACACAGUCCCAGUCUUUACCUGCUCGAACCACAGAGAAAUGCUUUGGAAUCCAUGAUUGUCCAGAAGCCUCUCUUUGCCUCCGAGACUCUCUCUGCUUCUCCUCCACAUCUCUCUUGCCUUCUCUUGCUUUCUCCCACUCUUUAUUCAUAAUUCCUUCGCUAACCUCGCUCCACACCAUCGCCGACUCGCUCUCACUCACCUCCUGCAGGUUCUUGACAACGGGUGUUCUGAGCUCUGCAAUGUGUUCACUGGCGUGGUAUAUAAUCUCAAGCUCUCCAGUCUUCAGAUUUUUUGCAGUAACGGUUCUGUAAACAUCAUGUUACACACUUAAAUGUUUUGCAACUGCAAUAAGAUUUUUAAAGAUGGGAGGUUUUGUUUU